UCUGGGUCAGUGGCUGGAGAGUCUUCCCAGUGAGUCGGUGUCUAACUGGCCAUUUAGUGGGGCCCAUUUACUGCAGAGCCACAGCUGGUGAGGACAGACGCCAGCCUAACAGCAGCUUCUGUACAACUAGAGCUCAGAAAACCCGAGAGAUCCGUGGAGAAAGAGAAGCCCAGGAGGAGGAAAGGGCUCCAAGGAGCCCUGCUCCUGAAGGGUCCCUCAGGCACUGGUGGAGACCUGUCGCUUCGUAGCAAGUUCAAAAUUGGAAAUGUUGGCUUCACCGGAGCCGAAGGGCCUUGUUCCCUUCACUAAAGAGUCUUUUGAACUUAUAAAACAGCAUAUUGCUAAAACACAUAAUGAGGAACAUGAAGAAGAAGAUUUAAAGCCAAAUCCUGAUUUGGAAGUUGGCAAAGAGCUUCCAUUUAUUUAUGGAAACAUUUCUCACGGAAUGGUAUCAGAGCCCUUGGAAGAUGUGGACCCAUACUACUACAAGAAAACAAAUACUUUCAUAGUAUUAAAUAAAAAUAGAACAAUCUUCAGAUUCAAUGCGGCUUCCAUCUUGUGUACAUUGUCUCCUUUCAAUUGUAUUAGAAGAACAACUAUCAAGGUUUUGGUACAUCCCUUUUUCCGACUGUUUAUUCUAAUUAGUGUCCUGAUUGAUUGCAUAUUCAUGUCCCUGACUAAUUUGCCAAAAUGGAGACCAGUAUUAGAGAAUACUUUGCUUGGAAUUUACACAUUUGAAAUACUUGUAAAACUCUUUGCAAGAGGUGUCUGGGCAGGAUCUUUUUCCUUCCUUGGUGAUCCAUGGAACUGGCUCGAUUUCAGCAUAACUGUGUUUGAGGUUAUUAUAAGAUACUCACCUCUAGACUUCAUUCCAAUGCUUCAAACUGCAAGAACUUUGAGAAUUUUAAAAAUUAUUCCUUUAAAUCAAGGUCUGAAAUCCCUUGUAGGGGUCCUGAUACACUGCUUGAAGAAACUUAUUGGUGUCAUUAUCCUAACUCUGUUUUUUCUGAGCAUAUUUUCUCUAAUUGGAAUGGGGUUCUUCAUGGGCAACCUGAAACAUAAAUGUUUUCGAUGGCCCCAAGAGAAUGAAAAUGAAACCCUGCACAACAGAACUGGAAACCCAUAUUAUAUUCGAGAAACAGAAAACUUUUAUUAUUUGGAAGGAGAAAGAUAUGCUCUCCUUUGUGGCAACAGGACAGAUGCUGGUCAGUGUCCUGAAGGAUAUGUGUGUGUAAAAGCUGGCAUAAAUCCUGAUCAAGGCUUCACAAAUUUUGACAGUUUUGGCUGGGCCUUAUUUGCCCUAUUUCGGUUAAUGGCUCAGGAUUACCCUGAAGUACUUUAUCACCAGAUACUUUAUGCUUCUGGGAAGGUCUACAUGAUAUUUUUUGUUGUGGUAAGUUUUUUGUUUUCCUUUUAUAUGGCAAGUUUGUUCUUAGGCGUACUUGCCAUGGCCUAUGAAGAAGAAAAGCAGAGAGUUGGUGAAAUAUCUAAGAAGAUUGAACCAAAAUUUCAACAGACUGGAAAAGAACUUCAAGAAGGAAAUGAAGCAGAUGAGGCCAAGACCAUACAAAUAGAAAUGAAGAAAAGGUCACCAAUUUCCACAGACACAUCAUUGGAUGUGUUGGAAGAUGCUACUCUCAGACAUAAGGAAGAACUUGAAAAAUCCAAGAAGAUAUGCCCAUUAUACUGGUAUAAGUUUGCUAAAACUUUCUUGAUCUGGAAUUGUUCUCCCUGUUGGUUAAAAUUGAAAGAGUUUGUCCAUAGGAUUAUAACAGCACCAUUUACUGAUCUUUUCUUUAUCAUAUGCAUAAUUUUAAACGUAUGUUUUCUGGCCUUGGAGCAUUAUCCAAUGAGUAAACAAACUGACAAUCUUCUCAACAUUGGAAACCUGGUUUUCAUUGGAAUUUUCAAAGCAGAAAUGAUUUUUAAAAUAAUUGCAAUGCAUCCAUAUGGGUAUUUCCAAGUAGGUUGGAACAUUUUUGAUAGCAUGAUAGUGUUCCAUGGUUUAAUAGAACUUUGUCUAGCAGAUGUUGCAGGAAUGGAUCUUCUUCGAUUAUUCAGGAUGUUGAGAAUUUUCAAGUUGGGAAAGUAUUGGCCAACAUUCCAGAUUUUGAUACGGUCUCUUAGUAACUCAUGGGUGGCCCUGAAAGACUUGGUCCUGUUGUUGUUCACAUUCAUCUUCUUUGCUGCUGCAUUUGGCAUGAAGCUGUUUGGUCAGAAUUAUGAAGAAUUUGUCUGCCACAUAGACAAAGACUGUCAACUCCCACGCUGGCACAUGCAUGACUUUCUCCACUCCUUCCUGAAUGUGUUCCGAAUUCUCUGUGGAGAGUGGGUAGAGACCUUAUGGGACUGUAUGGAGGUUGCAGGCCAAUCCUGGUGUAUUCCUUUUUACCUGAUGGUCAUUUUAAUUGGAAAUUUACUGGUACUUUACCUGUUUCUGGCAUUGGUGAGCUCACUUAGUUCAUGCAAGGAUGUAACAGCUGAAGAGAAUAAUGAAGCAAAAAAUCUCCAGCUUGCAGUGGCAAGGAUUAAAAAAGGAAUAAACUAUGUGCUUCUUAAAAUACUAUGCAAAACACAAAAUGUCCCAAAGGACACAAUGGACCAUGUAAAUGAGGUAUAUGUUAAAGAAGAUAUUUCUGACCAUACCCUUUCUGAAUUGAGCAACACCCAAGAUUUUCUCAAAGAUAAGGAAAACAGCAGUGGCACAGAGAAAAACACUACUGAAAAUGAGAGCCAAUCACUUAUCCCCAGUCCUAGUGUCUCAGAAACUGUACCGAUUGCUUCAGGAGAAUCUGAUAUAGAAAAUCUGGAUAAUAAGGAGAUUCAGAGUAAGUCUGGUGAUGGAGGCAGCAAAGAGAAAAUAAAGCAAUCUAGCUCAUCUGAAUGCAGUACUGUUGAUAUUGCUAUCUCUGAAGAAGAAGAAAUGUUCCAUGGAGGUGAAAGAUCAAAGCAUCCUAAAAAUGGUUGUGGACACGGAUCUUCACUUGGUCAAAUCAGUGGAGCAUCCAAGAAAGGAAAAAUCUGGCAGAAUAUCAGGAAAACCUGCUGCAAGAUUGUAGAGAACAAUUGGUUUAAGUGUUUCAUUGGCCUUGUUACUCUGCUCAGCACCAGCACGCUGGCUUUUGAAGAUAUAUAUAUUGAUCAGAGAAAGACAAUUAAAAUUUUAUUAGAAUAUGCUGACAUGAUCUUUACUUACAUCUUCAUUCUGGAAAUGCUUCUAAAAUGGAUGGCAUAUGGUUUUAAGGCCUAUUUCUCUAAUGGCUGGUACAGGCUGGACUUCGUGGUUGUUAUUGUGUUUUGUCUUAGCUUGAUAGGCAAAACUCGGGAAGAACUAAAACCACUUAUUUCCAUGAAAUUCCUUCGACCCCUCAGAGUUCUAUCUCAAUUUGAAAGAAUGAAGGUGGUUGUGAGAGCUUUGAUCAAAACAACCUUACCCACUUUGAAUGUGUUUCUUGUCUGCCUGAUGAUCUGGCUGAUUUUUAGUAUCAUGGGAGUAGACUUCUUUGCUGGCAGAUUCUAUGAAUGCAUUGACCCAACAAGUGGAGAAAGGUUUCCUUCAUCUGAAGUCAUGAAUAGGAGUCAGUGUGAAAGCCUUCUGUUCAAUGAAUCCAUGCCAUGGGAAAAUGCAAAAAUGAACUUUGAUAAUGUUGGAAAUGGUUUCCUUUCUCUGCUUCAAGUAGCAACAUUUAAUGGAUGGAUCACUAUUAUGAAUUCAGCAAUUGAUUCUGUUGCUGUAAAUAUACAGCCUCAUUUUGAAGUCAACAUCUACAUGUAUUGUUACUUUAUCAGCUUUAUUAUAUUUGGAGUAUUUCUCCCUCUGAGUAUGCUGAUUACUGUUAUUAUUGAUAAUUUCAACAAGCAUAAAAUAAAGCUGGGAGGCUCAAAUAUCUUUAUAACGGUUAAACAGAGAAAACAGUACCGCAGGCUGAAGAAGCUAAUGUAUGAGGAUUCUCAAAGACCAGUACCUCGCCCAUUAAACAAGCUCCAAGGAUUCAUUUUUGACGUGGUAACAAGCCAAGUUUUUAAUGUCAUUGUUAUGGUUCUUAUAUGUUUCCAAGCAAUAGCCAUGAUGAUAGACACUGAUGUUCAGAGUCUACAAAUGUCCAUUGUUCUCUACUGGAUUAACUCAAUUUUUGUUAUGCUAUAUACUAUGGAAUGUAUACUGAAGCUCAUCGCUUUCCGUUGUUUUUAUUUCACCAUUGCGUGGAACAUUUUUGAUUUUAUGGUGGUUAUUUUCUCCAUCACAGGACUAUGUCUGCCUAUGACAGUAGGAGCCUACCUUGUGCCUCCUUCAUUUGUGCAACUGAUACUUCUCUCACGGAUCAUUCACAUGCUGCGUCUUGGAAAAGGACCAAAGGUGUUUCAUAAUCUGAUGCUUCCUUUGAUGCUGUCCCUCCCAGCAUUAUUGAACAUCAUUCUUCUCAUCUUCCUGGUCAUGUUCAUCUAUGCCAUAUUUGGAAUGUACAAUUUUGCCUAUGUUAAAAAAGAAGCUGGAAUUAAUGAUGUGUCUAAUUUUGAAACCUUUGGCAGCAGCAUGCUCUGUCUUUUUCAAGUUGCAAUAUUUGCUGGUUGGGAUGGGAUGCUUGAUGCCAUUUUCAACAGUAAAUGGUCUGACUGUGAUCCUGAUAAAAUUAACCCUGGGACUCAAGUUAGAGGAGAUUGUGGGAACCCCUCUGUUGGGAUUUUUUAUUUUGUCAGUUAUAUCCUUAUAUCAUGGCUGAUCAUUGUAAAUAUGUAUAUUGUUGUUGUCAUGGAGUUUUUAAAUAUUGCUUCUAAGAAGAAAAACAAGACCUUGAGUGAAGAUGAUUUUAGGAAAUUCUUUCAGGUAUGGAAAAGGUUUGAUCCUGAUAGGACCCAGUACAUAGACUCUAGCAAGCUUUCAGAUUUUGCAGCUGCUCUUGAACCUCCUCUUUUCAUGGCAAAACCAAACAAGGGCCAGCUCAUUGCUUUGGACCUCCCCAUGGCUGUUGGGGACAGAAUUCAUUGCCUCGAUAUCUUACUUGCUUUUACAAAAAGAGUUAUGGGUCAAGAUGUGAGGAUGGAGAAAGUUCUUUCAGAAAUAGAAUCAGGGUUUUUGUUAGCCAACCCUUUUAAGAUCACAUGUGAGCCAAUUACGACUACUUUGAAACGAAAACAAGAGGCAGUUUCAGCAACCAUCAUUCAACGUGCUUAUAAAAAUUACCGCUUGAGGCGAAAUGACAAAAACACAUCAGAUACUCAUAUGAUAGAUGGUGAUAGAGAUGUUCACGCUGCUAAAGAAGGUGCCUAUUUUGACAAAGCUAAGGAAAAGUCACCUAUUCAAAGCCAGAUCUAAUCCCACUUACCACCUCUUAGCAUAUUUCUUCACAUAUCUGAAAAACGUUGAAAGCCUGAGCCAGGAAUAAAAGAAAAGUAGAGAUAAUAAUCAAUUCUUUACAACCGAUGGUAAUUAAGCUUGUAUUCGCAAGACUUCAUGCCAAAUUCACUUUUUAGCAUUAUAUCUAACAAAUCAAGAGAAUCCUUAAUAUUGCUGCAGUGAGUUUAAAGCGGGUUAAAGUGGCCAUUUGACAAUCUCAUGUUUGUUUUCUCUACAUAGCUUACAUGAUGUGUGCCUUCUAGGGAAUGAAGGGAAGGGGUCAUAGAGAUCAGCAGCAGCAGGCGCUUUCUUUUAUAUUUUAUGUAUAAUUUAAUGGGCUUCAAGUCACCACUAUUAACGCUUACAAAUAAGCAAAUACAUUCCUGAUGUGGGAUGGUGAAAUGCUACCGGCCAUUAAAUCAUAAACUUGCCUAGACAAAUGCCAAUUGGAAGAAGGGAGAGAGCAGUUCUUUAGAAAGUGCCUUUGAGAUCAACCUCAGAGAUUCUUUUUUUUUUUUUUUCUUUUAUUAUUAUUAUUAUUAUUAAACUUUAGGUUUUAUCUUGGGCUGAUUAAAACUGCAUUUGAAAAAGAUUGGUUGAAGCUCUGUGCUUAUUUGUGCAUGUUCUUGUUUUCUUUUCAUUUGGAACUGGGAAUGAAUAGGAUAUCAUUGUGCUCAAGAUCCUGGUUUCUCAUCUCUGGCUAGUUCCACCUAAGCUCUGGCUCUUGAGCAGGACAGAUUCAUAAAACAAGAAGCCUAAAGGAGAGUUACAGCUUAAUUUUUUUGCAUUUUCUUCUCAUUUACACCUAUUUUUUAAAAAAGUAUACAUUUACUAAAAUGAUGUAAUAGAUAAUAUGUUAAUAGACUCAAGCUUUACCUUAUUAUGAAAUUGAUGUAUUUUUACCAGUUAUUUCUAAUGUAACAUUGAAUAUAUAAGAUCUGACAAAUGUAUGUUUAAAUAUGAAUUAGAAGAGUUGAGAGCUACCAUUAUGUACGGGGAUUCUCAUAGUGUCUUGACCGACCCUUAAUUGGAAAGUUGUGGCAAUUUUAAAGUACUUUUUACUGUACGUUAUAAUUCUUUAUAACUUAGAGAAAGACAAUGGCCACUCAAACUAUGAGAACUAUGAAUUAGGAGAUAAAAGUUUAAAUUUGUUGUUGUUUUAUAACAGUAUGUACAAGUGAGUUUUCCCUUAUAUGUUUACGUUUUCAAGUUUUUUAAUCUCAUCAUAUAAAUCAAUACUCUAUAAAAUGUUUUAUAUUCAAAGAACUGUAAAAUUCUAAACAUUAGUUUUCACUAUUGAAAUUAUUUUUUAAAGAUAGGCAUAAAUAGUUGUCCUUUGACUUAUUCAUACAAAUAUAGUAAUUUACUUCCAUGUAGUUUGAGAUUCUGAGAGUUAUUCCAACUGUAUGAAGAUUGAUUUCAAUGUGCCUGCUAAGUCCUAAAAGAUUCACAAAGAAAAUUUAUAUAUUAUUGAUUUAAAUGUUAUCUUUUAAAUAUGUUGUAUAACAGUCAAUAUAAUUUAUGUAUCAGUAAUUGUAUUUUAUUCUGUAUGCAUGAUCUCAAGCCUUAACUAUUAUAAUCUUUUUCUGCCCCUCAGAAAUUGAAUAACCUAACCAAGAUGCCUUUAGGGGAUGCCCUAAGUAAAUGUAAUUUCAGGGUUUUCUUUCUUUCUUUUUUUUUUUUCUAAGUGUUCCUUCCCUUUCUCCUCCUGCUCUCCAUCAUGUUAUGGGGACCAGUGAGGAACCAGUGUUAACUUGGUGACAGUGUGACAGCUGGUGCUUUAUCUAAGCUUCUCCAUUUUCUAUUUCUUGGGAAUGCUUUAUUGUGGAAACUGCUUCAGAUACUUAAACUUGCUUGAAUCAUAACUUGCUUCUUUAAAUUGCAUAAAGACAACAAACUGAUUUUAGUUUGAAAAGUAUAUCUUUUACUUGUAAACCUUGUUUGCCAGGUACCUUCCAAAACCUGUGUAAAGAGUUAUUUUUCACAAAGUCUUAACAAUAUAUGUUACUUUUUAGAUACUAUAGAAAAUAAUAAAUAUAACUUGUAAACCA